AUGGGUGUUGCUAUUAUAACUGUCAGAGUGCAAUUACCCGCCGAUGUGUCCUGUAAUCAUUGUGUCUUCCAAUGGAAGUAUACAGCAGGCAAUAGUUGGGGUACGGAUCCAAUCACUGGUGAACAAGGCUUGGGUAAAGGUACUGAAAACGAGACAUUUAUGGGUUGUGCUGAUAUCAAGAUUGGUGGAAGUACUGAAUCUGUUCCUCCACCAGUAGUGGCGACUACUUCGAAUCCGUCAUCAUCGACUCCUAGAACAUCAACGGCUGGAUCUAGUAGUGCACUCCCAUGGCAAUACUUGGCUACAUACAAAAUAGGUGAUCAGGUGACAUUCGAAGGCAAGACAUACAGUUGUCUUCAAGGACACACAGCAUGGUCAUACGAUUGGAGACCAUCGAUUGCAGCAUCACUUUGGAAAUUGAUCUGA